AGUUGAGAGCAACUGAUAGAAUAAUGGCCUUGAGGACCUAGUAAAUAUUUGUGACAAGUGUUGGAAGUUGGUGGCAUGAAUGUUGGAAUCCAAGGACCGUUCGCUAGCCGCGUCCUCAUCUUUUGUCGUUUCCAUUUCCACUUCUUUGCAAACUUUCACAAAAUCAACAUCACAACACAGAAAAUAUGGCACCCAAGGAUUCCAUAUCGCAAGCAGAAAUCUGGGAUGAUUCCGCACUCGUUGAUUCCUGGAACGAUGCUCUGGAAGAGUACAAAAAAUAUCACAGCAUCAACGCUCGAGGGGAAAACGUUGAUAAAAUCCUCAACGAGGCGCAACAGCCAAACACUGCAAGGGGCGAGGAGUUGGCUUAUGAGGACGGGGAAGUCGACGAGCCUCUGGUCAAUGAUCCUCUUGCCAAGAAGAAUAUUUCCGAACAAACAGGUCAUCAUGACACAAAGUCAGUCGAGGAGCACGUUCAAGCAAGAGAAGAGAGUCUCUCGGUCCCGGAACAAGCAUCAUCCAGAUCGCCAGCGCUGCCCCAACAUCUAAUCGGUCAAGUCCAUGAUGAAGGCCUGAAGAAUCUUUUGAUGUCGUGGUACUACGCCGGUUACUAUACAGGGUUGUAUGAGGGUCGGCAAGAGUCAAAGACAAGCACGAGUGCCAAGCAUGAAGCAUGAGAUGGAACCUCCACCCUUGAACCGACCAUCUGUGACAGUGACAGUUUGGACCAUCUGAUAGUGCCUCCGUCCCGCGGGCGUCCGAGCGAUCGUUUGCACUUGACAUCUGUCAACGACAUGGGAUAGGUUCGGCGUUGUUGAAGAGAAACAGAGAGAGCAUCCCUUUUGGUCUGAGCAUGCG